CUUGAUCUGAUAUUUUUUGUUUUUGUUUUAUGUUUGUUAUCGAAAUAAGAUGCUAAAAUGGCCGUUUUGUUGUGUUAUAAAUGUAUUAGAAAAAUAAUAUUUAUUUUGAUUUUAUUGUCGUUCGUUUCUACAAAAGUGUCCAGUUUGGUUUGUUAUUGUGCUGGUAACUGUCCAAAUGAUGAAUGGAAUGGUAGUUGUAUAGCACGUCCUUUAAGUGUAUGUUUUAGUUCAGUAGAAGAAGUACACAAUACAGAGACAGGCCAAUACGAAUUUGAACGAACAUAUGGCUGUCUUCCACCAGAUGAAAGUGGUCUUAUGCAAUGUAAAGGUAGCUUGGUGCCCCAUAAAAAUCCAAAGGGUAUUGCCUGUUGCGCUGAUAGAGAUUAUUGUAAUCUAGAACUGAAACCAUUUCCAAAUGCUUUAACAACUGCUGCCAGUCCAAUGUAUAGAGGAGAGCUGUCGUUCUACUCCACUAAAGAAAACAUUAUUAUAUUUGCUAUUGUUUUAUCAGUUUGCAUUGUUCUUUUAGCUGGUGUUAUUGGAUUCAUGGUAGCAAGGUUUUGCAGUCAAAAAGAAAACCGAAGAAAUUAUAUGGAUGUUGAAAAAACCUAUUUGGGUGGAGAAGCAGUGAAAGAUUUACUUGAUAAUGCUAAUGAUAAUUCUGGAAGUGGAUCAGGAGUUGCACUUUUGGUUCAGCGAACUGUUGGGAAACAGAUUGAGAUGGUGGAAAGUAUAGGAAAGGGGCGUUUUGGAGAGGUAUGGAAAGCCCAGUUACGAGAUUAUUAUGUUGCUGUUAAAAUCUUCUUUACAAAAGAAGAAGCCAGCUGGCAACGAGAAACUGAUAUAUACAAGACAGUUCUCUUAAGGCAUGAAAAUAUAUUAGGCUUUGUUGCAGCUGACAUAAGAGGUAAUGGUUCAUGGACACAGUUACUGCUGAUUACAGAUUACCAUGAAUUGGGAUCAUUGCAUGAUUUUUUAAAAGUUUGGGAGUUAGACUACACAGACAUGUUGAAGCUUGCCCAUUCAUCUGCAUGCGGUGUUGCUCAUUUGCAUAAUGAAGUUACAGGAAAACAAGGUAAACCGGCCAUAGCGCAUAGAGACAUUAAAAGUAGAAAUAUACUAGUAAAAAAAGAUAGAACUUGUGUCAUUGCUGAUUUUGGAUUAGCUGUAAAAUACAAAAGUGAUACAAAUGACUUAGACGUUGGUGCAAAUACCAGAGUUGGUACAAAGAGAUAUAUGCCUCCAGAAGUGCUUGAUGAGACAUUAAAUGCUUCACAAUUUGAAGCCUACAGAAUGGCUGAUAUGUACUCCUUUGCCUUGGUCUUGUGGGAAAUUGCAAAACGUUGUGUAGUAAAUGACAUUCAUGAAGACUAUCAACUUCCAUUUUAUGAUUGCGUACCUACAAAUCCUAGCUUUGAAGACAUGAAAAAAGUUGUUUGUGUUGAUAAAAGGAGGCCGACUAUGCCAAAGCAUUGGAAAGAUUGUCAGAUUAUGCAGGACAUUUCUAAACUAAUGCAUGAAUCUUGGAAGCAAAAUGCAUGUGCUAGACUUACCUCACUUUGUUUGAAGAAAAAACUUUGCAAAUUGGAAGCACAACACAGGAACUCAAAACUUGUGUGAUGUUAAAUUUCAUCACUCAUCCUUCCUCCUGUCAUGUGACUAAGGGUUUUAACUGACUUUUAAACAACCAAAGCGAACAAAACCCUUUCAUUUUGAUAUUCUUGGUGCCUUCACUUUGUAAAAUAUAUUAAAAGAAUCUCAAUGUCUGCUGUGCUUUUUCACAGCUCGGAAUUACAGGUAAAGUGGAAUACAGGUCUAAUGGGACCUACUGCUCAAUGUUGCAUUAACUUUUUCGCAGGUCAAAAAAGGCAUUUAUAUGAAUUUUAUCUUAAUCCUUCCCAAUCUGUUAUUUCCGUCAACAGGGUUGGCAAGUUUCUGCCACGAGUGAUAAAAACUGUUUGGGUUAAACAAAGAUUUUAUGAAAGUGGCAAAAAUGGAUUAAUUUAUGAAGUAAAAAGAAUUUUUUUUUAAAUUAAAAAAAUGUAAAUGGAAUCAGUUUUU